AUGAACGCGCACGCUGCAAACGAUUGCUCCCCAUUACCUCUUCCCGCCUCCCCGUUUCCCCUUCCCGCCUCCCCAAUUCCCCUUCCCGACACCCCAUUUCCUCUUCCCGCUCCCCACUACCCCUUCGCGCCUCCUCGUUUCCCCUUCCCGCUCCCCAUUACCCCUUCCUGCCUCUGCAAUUCCCCUUCCCGCCACCCCAUUUCCUCUUCUCGCUCCCCAUUAUCCCUUCCCGCCUCCUCGUUUCCCCUUCCCGCUCCCCAUUACCCUUUCCCGCCUCCCCAAUUCCCCUUCCCGCUCCCCAUUACCCCUUCCCGCCUCCCCAAUUCCCCUUCCCGCUCCCCAUUACCCCUUCUCGCCUCCCCAAUUCCCCUUCCCGCUCCCCACUACCCCUUCCCUCCUCCCCGUGACCCCUUCCCGCUUCCCCAUUACCCCUUCCCACUCCCCAUUUCCCCUUCCCGCCUCCCCAAUUCCCCUUCCCGCCUCCCCGCUUCCCCUUCCCACUCCCGAUUAUCCCUUCUCGCCUCCCUUCUCAAACUGCCGAACACACAUCACAGUCGCCGCCCGAUCGCACAGCCUCGCUACCACCCCCUCAUCCCCCCCUUUCUCCCUCUCAUCUCCCCCCCUGCUCCCUGUCAUGUCCCCACCUUCUCUCUCUCAUGUCACCCCCUUCUCCCGCUCAUUCCCCCCCAUUCUCCCUCUCAUUUCUUCCCCUUCCCCCUCUUAUAUCUCCCCCUACUCCCUCUCAUUCCCCCCAUGAAGCCCCUCAUUCCCCCCCUUUCUCCCUCUCAUCCUCCCCCCUGCUCACUGUUAUGUCCCCCCUUCUCUCGCUCAUUUAAAUGCCACAUAACCUCCCUCUCAUUUCCCCGCAUUCCCCCCCCCUUCCCCCUCUCGUUUCCCCCCAUCUCCCUCUCCUUUCCCCACGUGCUCCUUCUCAUUCCCCCCCCCUUCUCCAUCUCGUUUCCCCCCCGCUCAUUUCCCCCCAUCUCCUUUCAUUUUCCCCCCUUCUCCCUCUCAUAUGCUUCUAACCCCUACCCCAUACCCAUCCAUCCCCUGUCAUACCCUUCCAUUCCCUUCCAUACCCUUCCAUACCUUCCAUUCCCUUCCAUACCCUUCCAUUCCCUUCCAUACCCUUCCAUUCCCUUCCAUACCCUUCCAUUCCCUUCCAUACCCUUCCAUACCUACCAUUCCCUUCCAUACCCCAGCCAUACCCUUCCAUACCCUUCCAUUCCCUUCCAUACACUUCCAUUCCCUUCCAUACACUUCCAUUCCCUGCCAUUCCCUUCCAUUCCCUGCAUUCGUGCACAGGCAUAUGACUAG